CUCCAGAUCGCAUGAUUGUGUGUCUGCAAAGCUUCCAUGAUCAUGAGGUGAGGCUUCCCGAUGCUUCAGGCAUCGACCAUAGGAAAAUUGGCACAGAACCAUGGCAUUGUUCAACGACAGGCACAUGACCUGCCUGUUGUUUUGGCCGAGGGACGAGGAUGCAAACUGGAAGACAUAUACACGAGCCUGUCUCUCGACGCUCGGGGAGUUCAGAGAGUGAACCAAGGUAAAAUCCAAAUCUGAGAACUCUUCUCUGAAAGAAUCUAUCAACUCGAAGUCGAAGCCCUAGAACGUGAUCGAGUCACCCAACAAACAACAAACAACAAUAACAACAACUAACAAAAUGGCUGGCUGGUUCUACAUCACAUCCGACAUUGACCCAUACCCAACAACACACAUCUCCCAUACCUACCCGGAACCCGGACAUCACCUGCACCACAUCCCAGUUCCGUAUGUAGCACACAAGGUCUACACCAAGUUGCAUGACAGAGACGAAGACAUCCAUCAACCAACGACCGAUGUCCGCGAGACCCUAAGCAACUUCUAUCUGGAGGUUGAACUGCCAGGCGUCAAGGAGCACACGGAGCUUCGUCUACGUUGGACAUCAGACCGUACGCUGCUGCUGACGAGCAAGACUCACAGGCCCGACAUUCCGGAAGGGGAGUUGGUCGAGGAGCCAGGCCCACCACCAGCGGUCACAGUGCCACUUGAGUCAACGCCAGCUCCAGCUGCUGCUGCUGAUGCUGCACCACCGGCGCCCGAGGCGGAAGCAGCGCCGGCGGCCAAAGCUGCCGAGGAAAAGCCCUCCAAGAAGCACGAACCUCACUUGACCGUGCACGAGCGGCAGGUCGGCGAGAUGAUCCGGGCCUUCAACUUCCCCGUCGACGUCGACCGCGACAAGACGCACGCCAAGCUCGACGCCGGCCUACUGAGGAUCGUGGUGCCCAAGAUCUUGGAGCACGGCGAGGCCAAGCACAUCCACGUGCCCAUCCACUUCACCUCGCUGCCCACCGUCACCAGCUGAAUCAAAGGCCGGAGCCGCAGCCCGAGCCGCCAGCAGCAGCGAGGGCGUCGUCGACAUCGCCCAAGUGACAUUGUCGAAGUGAUUCCCGAGAUGGACUGGAGGAUUGCAUCUGUGUUGUGCGGCGAGUUUGGAGAGUACGAUAACGUUGACGAUGAUGCGGGCGCCGAUUAAAAAAAAAAAAAAGGUGGGUUGGAAGACUGUGUUGGAUUUUCCUUUGUAUAUGAAGCAGGGCAAAAGAGAGGGAGGCAGUGAUGCAAGGAACGAUCUGUGUAUUAUUAUUAUUUGUUGUCAUUGGAACGGCACAACCGAACCAGGCGCGAGAUUCCCCUUGCCCCCCUGAGGAGAGAAGGAUAGCUAAUGUGUAAUGAUAUUAUUCUUACUUUCUCA